AGUCUUUGCUUUGUGUCCUGCCAAUAGUAUAUGUUUUCGUAUUUCAUUUAAAGUCAUCUCUUAGAACGGAAAACAACUAAAAUAAUAAUUUUUGUUUCAAAUGGGAAAAAUUCAAAUAAAAGUGAACGAAAUUUAAGAAUAUACAUUGCAAAGAAUUGGAUUUUCCGUUGACCAUGUUGAGAUUUUUAUUUGAUGGACAGUACAUCGGCGAUACGGAGACCCCCAGCGACUUGGGCAUGGAAGAAGGCGACAAAAUCGAACUAUACAUGACGCAGGGAGAUCCUGUUGUAUCGGAGUUCAUCAAAAAGCAGUUCAACAAAUUCCUGUUUAAAAAAUGCCGCCCAUUCAAUUCUCUGGGAAUGUGAUACUAAUAUAGAACAGCAGACUAGGCGGCAGACACUUGGCUUGGCUUCAAAAAAAGACGCGAUGCUGGCAAACUCUACUCUACUCUACUCUUCUUCAAAGCAGCAGCUCUACAGACUCUCCUCUACACGAAACUGGAGGACCCUGCUCUAACUUAGAUCAUUUUGUUAAUCGUUAAAUCGUUAAAUUGUUCAACAUUUUAUGUAGUUUCUAUCUAGCUCUAAGGGCACAAAAGAAUCAAACAUGUUAUGUAACAAAUCCCUCCGAAAACCAGAAGAUGCCACCUCCUGUCCAAGCUCAUAAAUUAGAAAAAAAUUGC